AAACAGCCUUGGGUUCAAACAUUCAGGAGCUCGAUACUUUCAUUCCAAGUAAGAACUUCUCUCAGCUCCUGAUCAUAAGAAGAAAUCAUGAUUCGGAGAGCUUUCUUUGGGCUUAUGAUGGCUUUGAUCGUCAUGUACAUUUCCAAAAUAGUAAUGUUCCUGGACUACCAUAAAACACUGUGGAAUCACAGACCAGGGAAAUGUCACAUCGUGGAUGGAAUAGAGCAUGGAUCUGAGGACAUGCAGACCACCCAGUCUGGUUUAACUUUCAUCACUUCUAUUUUACCAAUAAUGGGAGGCAAUGCCGCCGUCAUGGGAUCAGAAUAUCACGAGUAUUACACGAAAAACCAUGUCGGAGGGCGGAUCAUGCUGUUUAACAUGGUGAAACCAGAAGAUGGGGUGAAAGAACUGAGGAUUAUUGGAAACAAUUUUAAUUACAAAGAUUUCGUUCCGCAUGGUAUCAGUGUUCUAGAGGACAAAGGUACGGUGCUUCUUUUCGUUGUGGUACAUCGAGCAGAGGAAGACACUGUGGAAAAGUUUGAGUUUCUGGAGAAGACCUUAGAAUUAAAACAUCUCGCGGCUUAUACAGGAAAUCUAAUCCACGUACUCAAUGACGUAGCUGCCACAGGAGCAGAUACGUUUUACACAACAGAUUACACGUACUAUCGCAAUCAUGUAGGAAUUGUUUUCGAAGCCAUGUUGGGACUUCACUUUGGGCAUAUUUUAUACUUCGAUGGUCAAGAAUUUAUCAUAGUGUCAGAGCCAACAUGCUUUGCUAAUGGGAUUGCUCUUUCAAGAAACGGAAAACUUGUGUAUACCGCAUCCAAUAUCGGAAAAAAGCUGAUGGUGCAUAAGAGAGAAGACAACAAUCGACUCACCAAAGUAAAUGACAUUGAGCUUGAUACCUUCCCAGACAAUCCGAUAGUUGAUCCUACCACAGGAGAUGUGCUCAUUGGGUGUCAGCCCAUAGGACAUAAAUUUUUACAGCAUCUCUCUAAUCCAGUUAAUCCAUGUGCAUCGCAGGUACUGAUGUUGCACAUGGACAAGAGUGGUACUAAUAUGACGAGGGUCACGGAGCUGUUUUCAGAUGACCUUGAACUUUAUUGUUCCAGCUCUACAACAUUAUACAAAAAUCGAAUGUUGAUUGGUACAGUGUGUCACAAAAUGAUGUACUGUGAAGUCAACACAUUGUGAGAACUAUGUAUAACAUUUAGAAUUAUCAUCAUAUUGAUUUUGUACUCUUUACAAGUUUUCUAUUAAUAGAUGUGCGGAAAUUGUUCAAACACCGUGCAAUUGUACGACAGUCCUCGAGUGACUUCCGCAAGUUUCUCUUGGAGAUCGCAUGAAGCCCUCGUGACUCAAGUUGAAUGUCCCCCGAGACUACAAUCUCCGUUCUAUUAAUGUUUUGUCCAAUUGUCUUAAAAUAUCGUGCGUUUGCUGUCCGAUCAGCGCAUAUCUUCCGCGAAAUGACCGUGCGGAGAUCGUUCAAUACAUUGUAUGACAUGUUGCGUUGUUUUACUCCGGUUGAAAAAUUUUCGCUCAUAUUGAGACGUCACCAGCUGUAGGUGAACUACUGCAAAUUUAGACAAAUCCUCAGUGUUCAGGGUGGUAGCAGUGAGGAUCCCUACCUUUAUGUACGUCUUAUGUUGGACGCGGUGCUCGAGAACACACGACCUUCCUAACACUAAGCAAACGCUCUACCACUGAGCUACUGAUGGGUUAUAAUUGAAAUAAGUGUAUCGAUAACAUAUUUUCAAUUUCGAUUUUAUUUUUAUGUCAGUUUUAUUCAUACAGAAAAUAAUCCAUGCAGCUACUAAGAUUGAAAGAAUUACGAAAUGUUAUACUGCUGUCGUGUAAUUUGUGUCUGAUCAAUAUGAAAAUAAUUAGAUUUGUCAAUGUGUUUUCUGAUAUGACAAUACUAGCGAAAUCGACAUUCAAUUUUUGAGGGCAUGAAGUCGAUUACUGCUUCAAAAUUAUUUGGGUAAAUUGUACUACGCUAACCUGGUUUAUUGUAAAACUUAUACGGUACCAAUUUUGAUGCACCAGAUGCGCAUUUCCACAAAUAAUGUCUCUUCAGUGAUGCUCAACCGAAAUGUUUGAAAUCCGAAAUAUCUAUGAAGUUUUAGAGCUAAAUAUAGUCAAACAUAGCUGUUAAGCAAUGACCUGUCAUUAUAAUAGAUACAAAAUAAAAAUGUUUAUAUAGAGUUUAUCUGUAAACAGACAAGAAUAUCAUCAAGGAAUAAAAUUUCAGAAACAUUAAA